AUGUCCACCAGCAUGUGUGAUUCUUUGUCUGGUACCUCUACUCCAAUGGCCAUCUGCGGUAUGGCCUUGAGACUACCAGGGGGAAUUUCCAAUGAUGCUCAGCUCUGGGAAUUUCUUCUUGCCAAGCGAGAUGCAAGAUCACGAGUUCCCAAUACUCGGUACAACGCUUCAAGCUACCAUUCCAAAUCAGGAAACCACGGGACUUCAAAAUCCGAGUAUGGGUACUUUCUUGAUGAAUCCGUCGACCUGGGAACCCUUGACACCAGCUUCUUCAGCUUUACAAAGCUCGAACUAGAAUACAUUGAUCCUUGUCAGCGUCAGCUGCUAGAGGUCGUUCGAGAGUGUUUCGAAAGCGCCGGAGAAGUUAAUUACCGUGGAAGAGAUAUUGGAUGUUUUGUGGGCUCAUUUGGCGAUGAUUGGACUGAAAGUCUUACGCACGAUCAUCAAACAUCGGCUAAAUAUCCUCUUAUGGUUGGGGGUGACUUUGCCAUCCCAAAUCGAGUCUCGUACGAGUACGACCUCCACGGUCCAAGUCUGAGUAUUCGAACAGCCUGCUCGUCAUCAAUUGUCGCACUCCACUCCGCAUGUUUAUCGAUUGAAAGAGGGGACUGCUCAGCCGCUAUUGUUGCUGGCUUCAACCUCAUUCUGACUCCCACAAUGACUAUGAUCAUGACGGCAAAGGGCGUACUGUCUGCCGAUGGAUCAUCUAAGUCAUUUGAUGCGGACGCCGAUGGAUAUGGUCGUGGGGAGGCAGUCAAUGCCGUAUACAUCAAGCCAUUGAAAGACGCGAUACGAGAUGGAAACCCUAUACGGGCCGUUAUUAGGGGCACUGCGACGAACUCGGAUGGAAAAUCUGCAGGGUUUACGGUCCCCAGUCCAGAUGCCCAGGAGGAUGUCAUUCGGAAAGCUUAUCAAGCUGCUGGCAUCAGUAACCUGUCCCAGACUGCGUUUGUGGAAUGCCAUGGCACCGGUACCACUGUCGGCGACCCUAUAGAGGUUGCGGCAGUUGCAAAUACGUUUGGUGGGGAUACGGGAUUGUUCAUUGGGUCCGUCAAGCCCAAUGUUGGGCAUUCUGAAGGUGCAUCGGGUCUCACCUCUUUGAUCAAGGCAGUCUUGGCUGUUGAGAACCGCACCAUUCCACCCAACAUAAAGUUCAAUACCCCAAACCCCAAGAUCGCGUUUGAGGCUCAGAAAAUAACCGUCCCAGUGGAGGCAACCCCAUGGCCCCAAGGCCGCUGCGUCAGAGCCAGUGUAAAUAGCUUCGGAAUGGGCGGUGUCAAUGCUCAUGUUGUGAUUGAGUCUGCCGAGAACUUCACUCCAUCAAGCUCAGGAUUGAUCGAAAAGCAAGAGCUAGUACCACGAUUGCUCUUGUUUUCAGCCAAUACUCAGGAUUCACUCGAGGCAAUGAUUCAGCAAAAUCUUACCUAUUUGACAGAUAAACCUGACUCUCUGCGUGAUCUUGCGUAUACAAUGGGUGCAAGACGGGAACAUCUGCCGUUCCGGGCUGCGUCCAUUGUACGCGAUGAUAUGUCGGUUACCACAACCUCAUUCGGAAAGACCUCGCAGAAUUCCCCAGAUAUUGUCAUGGUAUUUGCGGGACAGGGCGCUCAAUGGCCAGGCAUGGGUGUUGAACUUUUCAAGAGCAAUGCCACCUUUCGAAGGUCACUUUUGGAAAUGGAUAGCGUCUUGCAGAGCCUGCCCAACGCCCCUGCAUGGUCAAUCAUAGAUGAAAUCUCUAAGGAAAAUGAGACAAGCCAGCUUUAUCUAUCAUCUUAUUCACAACCGAUAUGCACCGCAAUUCAAAUCGCACUUGUUGAUACCCUUUUAGAGCUGAACAUCAAGCCCUAUGCUGUCAUUGGCCAUUCUUCCGGGGAGCUUGCCGCAGCCUACGCUGCAGGCAGACUCACUGCAAGCCAGGCUUUGAUUUUGGCCUUUUACCGUGGUAUUGCCGCAGGAAAGGUGACACAGGCCGGCUGUAUGGCGGCAGUUGGGACGGGCAGACACGAAAUCGAUCAAUUCUUGAGACCAGGGGUGGUCGUCGCGUGCGAAAACUCUCCGUCUAGCGUCACUAUCUCUGGUGAUGUCGAUCAAGUGGAGCAAGUGAUGCAGGUGAUAUCUUCAGCUCGACCAGAAAUUCUGGUUCGGCGACUCAAGAGCGAUACUGCCUAUCACUCAGAUCAUAUGAAACCCGUGGGAGACAUGUAUCAUUCAUUCAUUGAUCCCGUUCUCGAUAGUGUGGCCAAGCCAAAACACCAGACUGCGCACUUCUUCUCAACAGUCACUGGUGAUAUGCUGAGUGAAGGAGAUGCUGUGGGAUCCAAGUACUGGCAAACGAAUCUCGAGUCUCCUGUUCUGUUCCACGGCGCUCUCAACAAUAUUGUCACCGGGCAGAAAAGUCGCCAGCUAUUAUUCCUAGAGGUUUCGCCUCACUCCACUCUCGCUGGCCCAAUUCGUCAAACACUUGAUCAAGUACAAAUAAUUCAUCCUUAUGUUGCUUGUCUGGUUCGUUCAAAGAACUGCGCAGAAUCUUUUCUCUCCGCCGUUGGUCAGUUGUACUCGCACAGGCAACCCCUCGAUUUCGACCUCCUCACGAAUCCGGAUAGAAAUGCCAGGGUUCUUACGGAUGUACCGACUUAUCCAUGGCAACACAACUACUCAAGUCUAUAUAAACCACGCCAAAAUCAAGAAUGGCUAUUCCGAAAACAACCAAAACACGAAAUUCUGGGAACUCGAGUGGUUGAUAGCACAGACAAUGAGCCCUGUUGGAGAAAUGUACUUUAUCUAGAUCAUGUGCCAUGGCUUCGAGACCACAAAGUCUCGGGAAACAUCGUCUUUCCAGCUGCUGGCUAUAUCAUGAUGGCUGGAGAGGCCGUGAGACAGAUUGGUGCAGUUUUGUCCGGAUUCACCGUCCGCAGCAUGGGCUUGGAUAUAGCAAUGAUCUUGAACGAGUCAAAUCCCACAGAGAUUGUGACAUCCCUGCGCAGACAUCGUCAGGAUAAAUGGUACAGCUUUACCAUUAGUUCACACAAUGGCGUGAAAUGGAUCGAGCACUGCUAUGGGGAGGUUAUUCAAGGGCAUGGCCUACCUUCAAUUGCGAACACACAGAAACAAAGGCUCUCUCGCGAUAUCAACGUCUCUGGCUGGUACAAAACACUCAGACGUGGUGGCGUUGACUUUGGACCCUCAUUUCAAGGAAUUGAAAGCCAAUCCUGCUCAACCAACAGCAACACUGUGUCCGGAAAGAUUGUAUCUAGAGGGAAUUGGUCGACAUACUAUCCAGUACAUCCUACAGUAUUGGAUUCCGCUUUCCACCUCGUGUACGGUGCAAUCUACAAAGGGCUUGAUUGGCAGGUUGACUCGUUGCCUGUUCCAACAAGUAUUGGAGAACUCAAUAUUGGCGACUGUGCGUCAGACCUGGAUGUAACUCUGCGGGCUGAUGUGUCCAAAAAAGACAGAAUACUCAUUCAUGGUGGGGCUUCUGGCUCUGAUGGGUCUCUUUCGUUGCGAAUGAAAGACAUGGUUCUUCGACCCCUCGGUGCGAACCAGGCUAUAUCUGCAGAGAGUGACUCCAAGGCUGGAGCAAGACUACACUGGGUACCAAUUCUUAAAUUUCUGAACUUGGCUGACCUCAUUCGCCCGCCAGAAAAUUGGGAGGAAAACACAAUUUUAUUGAACAGUUUAACUAAGUCGUGCGUUGAACAAGCGCUCGUCCGUCUUGACGCCCAGGGCGUGUCUUCAAGUAUUACGCACCUGCGCAAAUACCAAGACUGGCUCCACAGACAGCCCAAAUCAACCUCCGAGGAAAGCAUAGAAUUAUUGGUUGACCAAAUUCUACAUACUUCGGCAGCACCUUGUGCCAAAGCAAUGAUGAAAGUAUUGGACAACAUUGUUCCGAUAUGCAAAGGCAAAAUCGAUGCUUUGGAAGUUCUCAUGGGUGACAAUACUCUAUAUGAACUUUACAACUAUCUCAAUCAGGUUGAUCGUGCUCCAUUCUUUGGUUUUCUUGGCCAUUACCAGCCGCAACAGCGAAUUCUUGAAAUCGGGGCAGGCACAGGGGGAACGACAGCAAAGAUUCUUUCUCAGACCAAGUACUCGACAUAUACCUUUACGGAUAUUUCUGCGGCCUUUUUCCCAGCAGCGAAAGACCGGUUCCAAUCCUAUUCAAGCAUAGUCUUCAAAACACUCGACAUUACCAAAGACCCCCUGGAUCAGGGUUUCGAGGCUGAAUCCUUUGAUCUGAUCAUUGCAGCGAAUGUCUUGCACGCUACUCCAGUUCUCCAUGAAACACUUACCAACGUCCGCAAGCUCCUUCAUUCACGAGGCAAGCUAUUGUUAGAGGAACUGUGUGGCGAUGCCAAAUUCACUAAUUUCAUCGUCGGAGUUCUGCCCGGUUGGUGGGCAGGCGAUUCGGAUGGAAGAGCAGACGAGCCGUAUAUCUCUCCUGAUCGAUGGGAUAAGGCACUGAAGGCUACUGGUUUCAGCGGUCUUGACGAUGUUGCGUUUGAUGCAACACCGCCACUUCAUAACCUUGCAUUCAUGCUUGCAAGCAGCUCAUUGGUCCCUGUUUCCCCAUUGAAAAGAGAUAUCACGUUGCUAUCUGAUAUAACAUCAUCCGAAAUUGCAAUGCAAAUGCAGAAGCAGUUGCGUUCUAGAGGUUACACCGUCAGGAUCCAGGGAAUUGAUCAGUCUUUGCCAGAUGAAGAAGAUUUCAUUAUUCUUCUUGACACAGUAUCUCCAUUUUUCAACAACCUCAGCACUAGCAAGCUCUCCACCUUCCAGUCCUUCUUACGUGAACUGCAGCGAUCACAUUCCGGAGCCCUGUGGGUCACCCGAUCGAUUCAAAUGGACUGCGAGGAUCCUAGGUUUUCGCCUGCUGUCGGUGUUGCACGCACGGUGCGCUCCGAGUUUGGUAUUGACUUCGCGACAUGUGAGGUGGACGUUCUCAAAUACACUGGCAUCGGGCUUGUCAUUGACGUUUUUGAAACGUUUAAUGGCCGGUUCCAUGGGGACGAUAUCUAUCCCGAAUACGAAUAUGCCAUUCGGGAAGGGAUUAUUCAUGUUGGACGUAUAUUUCCGUUCUCUGUCCAAGACGAAUUGAAGCGGAUUCAAGAAGCGGAUAUAGACAUCAAGAACUCGCGACUAUCCCUUGUGCUUGGAACUUCUGGGCUUGUUGAUUCUUUAACAUGGACUGCCUAUCCCGGACAGCAAAAGCAGUCAUUGAAAGAUGACGAAGUUGAGAUAAAGGUGGACACCACUGGUGUCAACCUCAAGGACAUAAUGAUCUCUUUGGGCAUUUUGGAACUACCUAGUACAGUGAUGGGUCUUGAGGCCGCUGGAAUUGUCCUCCGAGUUGGUGCACAAGUUCGGGAUCUUUGUCCCGGUGAUCGAGUAGCUGCGUUUGGCCCUGGAAUCUUUGUGACAUCUACCAUACUUCCAGCGUCACGGUGCAUCAAAAUUCCUGACUUUCUGUCUUUGGAAGAUGCAGCCACCAUGCCGCUUGCGUUUGCCACUGUUCUUCACGGAAUUUGUGACAUCGGACAAUUGCAAAAGAGCCAGACCAUUCUCAUCCAUUCUGCCUCGGAGGGUGUAGGCCUUGCUGCGAUCCAAAUCAGUCAAAUGAUUGGAGCAACCAUCUACGCCACGGUCAGUAGCGAAGAGAAAGUAGAGUACCUGACCACGUCGCUUGGUAUCCCCCGAGAUCACAUCUCCAACUCUUGUGAUUCGUCGUUUUUAGACGCUAUCAUGAUGUUGACGAAUGGGCACGGAGUGGAUCUGGUGUUGAAUUCGCUUUCUGGAGACUUGUUGCAGGCUUCUUGUAAAUGCGUGGCUAGGUUUGGUAAGUUGGUAAACCUUGCCACAUCGACUGCAAUCAAUCAGGGGCAGCUGCCAAUAAGCGUCUUCCCUCCGAACAUGAGUUACAUCGCAAUCGACAUCAUCGACUACAUUGAGUCCAGGCCCGAAGAAAGCAAACGGUUAUUGAACACAAUUAUGGAUCUUUACACACGGGGUCAUAUUCAGCCUAUUACCCCAGUGAAGACAUUCGCUGCCAAUGAUGUCAAACAAUGCUUCGCAUACAUUCAGACCGGUCAAAAUAUCGGCAAGCUCAGGCUUUCUUUCAGAUCGCAGGAUACACCUAUUCAGGCAAUUUCUCACUCCGCCAUGAGCUUCCUAGCCGAUGCGUCCUACCUUCUUGUAGGAGGACUCGGGGGGUUGGGCAGUGGGGUGGCUCGAUGGAUGGUUGAGCAUGGUGCUAGGCAUCUGGCCUUCCUAUCUCGGACCGCGGAUGCAAAGUCUAACAAAGAUCUCUUCCGUGAACUAGAAGAUCAGGGUUGCUCCAUCACAGCCGUCAAGGGAAGUGUCUCCAACUUACUGGACGUCCAGAAGGCUAUAUUAUCCACCUCCAACUUGAAAGGAAUUUUCAAUAUGUCUAUGGUGUUGCAAGACGAAUCACUGCUUAAGAUGACACUAGAUGAAUGGAAUCUUUCCACUGGACCAAAGAUUCAAGGUACAUGGAAUCUGCACGAAGCGAGCUUGGACAUGAAACUUGAUUUCUUCCUCCUUUUCAGCUCGAUGGGUGGCAUUCUUGGAAUACCCGGACAGGCCAAUUACGCCGCCGCGAACACAUUUAUGGAUGCAUUUGUGCAAUUUCGCCAUCGGUCCCAACUGCCAGCCUCUGUCAUUAACAUUGGUGCUGUCCAGGGUAUUGGACAUGUGGCCGAUAAUCCAACGAUUUUGGACAACCUGAAGUUGCUUGAAUGUGCUCGCAUGAGCCAAAAGGAUUUGUUUAACGCUAUAAUAGUUUCAAUCUCUCAUGGUCCCGGACCGAAGAGCCACGGGGACAGCUGUUACGCGAAUCCAGCGCAGUUUAUCACAGGGCUCAGAGACACUGUCGGCAUAUUCAGCAAUCCGAAUGGAAAUAAAAUGUUGCUUGAUAGUCGCCUCGUGGCCUACUUUGGCAGUUCCGCUGAAAAUGCACCUACCGAGAAAAGAACAUCGGCGGAUAAACUCCGAUACUUUGUCUCUUCAGCUGCUUCAGACUCAAGCAUUCUUACUGAGCCAACAGCGGCUGGGUUUGUUGCUACCGAGAUCGCAAAAUGGGUAUUUGACCUUCUCAUGAAACCAGUUGACGAUGAUUCCGAGAUCGACGUCUCACGCUCCCUCGUCGAUGUCGGACUGGACAGUCUUGCCGCGGUUGAGAUGCGUUCCUGGUUGAAAGCAUCUUUGGGGUUGAACAUUAGUGUUCUGGAAAUCAUGGCAGUGCCAAGUCUGGCUGCAAUGGGUGAACAUGUGGUCCAAGAGUUGAUCAGACAUGUUGACGGAGGGAAGAAGAAGUGA